CCUCAACUCAUAUCAUAUUAGUUAUCCCUUUGUCAGGUCGUCAGUCAACAGAUUCGUAGCCCCAGAAAUAAGAACUUUUUGGCGAUGGAGAGGCGAAGGCCGCGCAAGUCAUCGCGUCACUUCUUGCGUCCCAAGUCGAAGGCCUCGAACGAAGGAGGUCGCACUGCAUCAUCAUCGUCGGUUAAUCGCGAAGCUGUUCUGACCCAUCGAGUGUCACCCACCAUUACCUCACUUUUGGGUGGACGUUUAAACAGAGUUGCCCGCCUCACAAAAGCUCCACAAAUCCUGCGGGUCACCGAAAAUCCAAAUGCCGAAGGUCCAGCCGGUGUACAGCCCCAAGAUGAAAGAGAUUCCGGUCAGUCGGAGGAUUCGGAAGUGCCGCCGGGGAUAGUGGUUAACUCCAUGGCAGCCAGUCCCCGGGGAUCGGCAGUGCACGGACAUCUGAUGGCAUUCGCCGGUCCCCGGGAUUCGGACAGUCCACGGAUAUCGGUGGAGGUGCCGGAGGUGUUCAGCACCUCGUCGCGAACCACCUCCACGGUGGGCAAUUUGCGCUUUGGACCAGAUGGACGGUGCUCCAGCUCCGGAGGAGGCAUCAAUUUCGGUAGCAAUUCGUAUUACGAUAAGAAUAGCUAUGUCUACGACGAGGGUGAAGACGAGGACGAUGAUGAGGACCGAAAUCGGAUGGAAAGUCAGCAGAAUGCCGGAGCCUGCCACUCCGCCUGGGCGCAGCUGCAUCAUAAGCCGGCGGCAGGACAUGUGGGCAGGGACACCCUGGGCUUUGCCAUCCACCUGGGCAGCGCCACCAUGAGCCACGACCGUUGCGGUCCGGGCAUUUCCUGCGACGACGACUGUGGUUACGGCACGGGCUGCGAUGCCGGUUGCAGUGAGGUCCACGGCAUUCCGCCGGGAAGCUUCAUGUUGCCGCUGGUGCCGGGGGGUUCGAGAUCGGGAUCGGGAUCGGGAUCGAGAUCGGGAUCGGGACGUGCCAAUGGCCCCUUUAACACUGCCCAACGCGGACCAGUGGGUCCACCACCUCCACCUGGUUUCUCGGGACAGCGCGGUUCCUCAGGCGUCAAUUUCGGCAGCGAUCAGCUGAACUUCUUCAUUACCUUCCUACUAGAGGUACUCGGCGUGCUAGUCUUUUUUGCCAUUUGCACAAUAACAUUUUGGAUAACUCUGGGCUACCAUGUUGUCCAACUGCUCGUGGACCUGAAGAACGCCGAGCGCAACGUUCAGGUGGCAGUGGCGAUUGUUUUUGGCUUGCUGUUCCUGGCAUUUGCCAUUUCGCAGGUGACCAACCGCACUGGAUCCGGCUGCUAUGGCCGAGAUCGAGGGCGUUCCAGGGCCAAGGGUGGAUGCCCCUUCUACAGGUCCACCAAGUCGCCGGCCAAGAGCAAGCCCAAGAGCUUGUUCAACAAGGCGAAGAGCAGUCCUCAGAGCAAACCCAAAAGCAAGAAGGCGACGAGCGAUGGCGGUGGCUGUCGGCGAAUGUGCGGAGCCAAACUGGAGUUGCACACGCAUCGAAAACAACGCUACACCGACUGCGAGGGUCGGGCCAUUUUCCUAAACGCUAGACGAUACGCCAUUCCCACGGAGAUGAAACAGCCGCCCACUAUUGUCCUUUGGCUGCGCGACGUGCUGGCCCGCAUGAUGUAAUAACCACGCCAAAACAAAGCUACGAACUAACUUGAGAGACUGACUGUGGAAGGAUCUAUGAUCUAAGGCUUUAAAUUUCAGGUUCAAUAAACUAUUCAAAAUGUU